AAUUCUGCUUCUAAUGGCCUUCUUUUCGGAGCGUCUCGAAGCCUCGCCUAUAACAAACCUGCAGCCAUCGUCUGACAAGGCGAAGAUGAGGGACCCGCCGCCCAGUCUGGCAGGGGCCGGCCAGCGGACUAGUGAGUGACAUUUAUGGUACAUCUCGAACACGCCUGUGACUCCUAAUUGACUAGCGGCGUGAAGCGGUGCAGUGGAUUGGGACGACGUUGUCAAGUAAGGCAGAGAGAGAGAGAGAGAGAGAGAGAGAGAGAGAGGCGGGAGGAGGGGCCAGUCAGGGCCAGCUUGAGCAAGAAGUAACUGGUGGCUUACAAGUCCCCACCCACAGUCGAGGGACGGCAGCUGAAAAGGGCGGACGGGAGGCACGGGCCAGUCUGACAUCUACCGCCGACACGAGACAGCUAGGGUAGGACAAUGAGAGUUAGCGUGAGAAGCGCGACGCUGGUGUUGCUGGUGAUGGUGGAGUCAGCGCGGGGUGUCCAUCCUGCACUCAGCCGCUGGACUCGCCAGGCCAUCCACUGCCAGGCGGAUGACGAGGCCUGCAAAAUGUGUUCCACGUCUUGCACCACUGUUGAGGAUUCGCGCCUGCCUGAGUGCUGCGAGGCCUACAACGCCUGCUGUGACCAAUACUUCCAGGCGUGCAAGAGAUGCUCCAGCAUUGUUGCCAAAGACCAGUACUUCCCAGAGUACUGCUGUGCCUCCUUCACUGACUGCUGUGACCUCAUCACUACCUUCGAGACACCUGUCAAGCCCCCAGAGCCUGUCAGGAAGGAGCCAAAGUUAGAACUGAAGGUCCCCACUGUGGCUGCCCCAAAGCCCACCACCUUCCCCGGGUCCGACUCCCCUGCUGCCCCCAUCAGUCCCUUGGCACCACAGCUCCCUAGUCAGUCUGCCCCACAGUCCCCUCCUUCAAGGCUCUCCUCCAGCCAGGCGAGCCCCCCGGUGGUGGUGGGCAGACAGAGGACCCAGACCAGCACACGAACCCAGCAAAGAUCCCGGCCAGCAACUCGCCCUGCUAGCCCUCAGUCCUCCAACGGCAGGCGUGGCCGCAUCACCUCCAGGGGCAGAGUGAUCCAGUGAGCACGUCUCUUUUCUUCUCAGCCAUUGCUGCCCUGCCUGCCCUCUCCUUCCCUGUCCUGGUCUACAAGACAGCAUGUGUGCUCUCCAGUAACACAUACCUUCUUCAUGAGCUGCUGACUUCUCUCUGUUACCAAAGCAACAGUCCUUCUCUAUCUCUCCUUCUUAUCCCCCUGUAGACCUGUCUGUCUUUACUUAAUUUCUGGUGACACUCUUGUUAUCCAUCUGAGGUUUAUUGCUUCACCCUAAUGUGUCUUGUGAUGUCUGUGAUCUCAUCUGUCCCAUCCUUGUCAGCUGUCCAUCCCAGAGAUUCUUCCCUUCAUUGCUGCUGUCACCUCCUUCACUAUUGCCGUCACAGUCACCCAUUUCAUUUGCUGAUCUCUUUGUGGUCUCCAUGAGAAAUUUUGAUAUUGCUGUUUCUUUUUCUCGUCUUUAAGGCAAAAUCUUCUUAUUCCAGAUUCUCCUUUUCUGAGUUUCAGCAUAUCAAACCAUCACAUUUAAGGAAUUUUGGUCUGACCCAUUGUAGAAUUCUCAGUUUCACCUCAUGCCAUAAUACCAAUCUCUGUUUGGUUUCCUUAUAUACCUGUAGAUAAAUGGUAAGUUUUCCUUUCAUAAUAGCAGGCAUAAAAGCUGCCAUCACAGGUACAAAUAAGAGUCAUAUACAUUCCAGCAUUUUCAUUCAUAACACAAUCAGUGCUUCCUGACACUGGCCAUAUUGGAUCUGUCUUACAAGAUACAGAGUAAAGUCACCAAACAAAGUUAAGCAGUUCUUGCUAAUUUGUGUUAAUGAUCAUAAUUCUUAAUUUCUCUUUAGAGCAAUUCAGUAUCAAAUAAUAAUCAAGCUUGAUUUUCCUCUUUUUAUAGUUGGAUAUAUUUAUAUAUAUUAAAUGAGUUACUGAACUAUGUCUACAGAGUAAGAGAUUCCAUUGUGACAGGAAGUACUGGCUACACAUUGUCAGCAGAAGGUAUGACAGUAACUAUUCUGCCAAACACUUUGUCAGGAAAUAAAGCAGUCUAUGAAAACAAAUUUUUGCUUCAUUCUUCAAAUAUUUUGUGGCUCUAUAUUUCUUUCUAUUCACCUUCGUAUUCUAGCCUUUGUUUACUCAAUGUCUCAAUUAUUCUCAGUGUUAUAAUUAUUCUACUACUUCUGCACAUUCUUUUUGAUUCAUUAUCUAUCAGUAUUAAAAUUUCCUAUUAAGAUUUUGGUCCUCCCUCCCUCCCUCACAACCCAGCUUUUACUGGAUGUGUAUGAAUGUGCAUCUUCUUACUGGUUACUGACAAGACUGGUGCAUCAGUAGUGUGUGGCUUCUGCUGGCCCUUGGAGCUUGUUGAGUGACUUGGCAUGUGAAGCCCACUGAGAGAGAGAGAGAGAGAGAGAGAGAGAGAGAGAGAGAGAGAGAGAGAGAGAGAGAGAGAGAGAGAGAGAGAGAGAGAGAGAGGUGGCUGUUUCAUUGUCAACUAUAAAGAUGUAUGAGGAAGAGGAGAGAAAAGGGAUAAGAGAAAUUAAAAAAAAUAUAUAUACCAUCAAUAAAUGAAAUAAACUAAUAAAUGAUGAUGAAAA